GCGAGUUUUCGUAUGAAGUCAUCUGCGGAAAAAUACCGACGAAUCACCGAGCGAAAAAGACGACAAAGUGUUCUAUAAAUACGCUGCGCAAAGGCUUUCGGUCAUUCGUUCAGUGAAACUAACAGAGAGAAGUGGUACUGCGAUUCUUAACCGAUAAUGCAGAUAUUCGUGAAAACGUUGACUGGUAAGACUAUCACUUUGGAAGUGGAACCAAGUGAUACGAUCGAGAACGUGAAGGCAAAAAUCCAAGACAAGGAGGGAAUUCCACCCGAUCAGCAGAGAUUGAUCUUUGCUGGAAAGCAAUUGGAAGACGGGCGCACUCUGUCCGAUUAUAAUAUCCAGAAAGAGAGCACACUUCAUCUCGUACUGAGACUGCGUGGAGGAAUGCAGAUUUUCGUCAAGACCCUCACCGGUAAGACCAUCACCCUGGAAGUCGAACCGAGUGACACAAUCGAAAAUGUCAAGGCAAAAAUCCAGGACAAGGAAGGAAUCCCUCCCGAUCAGCAACGUCUGAUCUUCGCCGGUAAACAAUUGGAAGAUGGUCGCACCCUUUCCGAUUACAACAUUCAAAAAGAGUCGACCCUUCAUCUGGUGCUCAGGCUUCGUGGUGGAAUGCAGAUCUUUGUUAAAACUCUCACCGGAAAGACCAUCACUCUGGAAGUAGAGCCGAGUGACACUAUAGAAAACGUCAAGGCAAAAAUACAAGAUAAAGAGGGCAUUCCCCCUGAUCAGCAACGUCUUAUCUUUGCCGGAAAGCAGUUAGAAGAUGGUCGUACCCUCUCUGAUUAUAACAUUCAAAAGGAAUCGACUCUGCACUUGGUAUUGCGACUGAGAGGUGGUAUGCAGAUUUUCGUAAAGACACUGACUGGAAAGACCAUCACCCUGGAAGUGGAGCCGAGUGAUACCAUCGAGAAUGUAAAAGCAAAAAUCCAAGACAAAGAAGGAAUUCCUCCUGAUCAACAGAGACUUAUUUUUGCUGGAAAACAAUUAGAAGAUGGUCGUACUCUGUCGGACUAUAACAUUCAGAAAGAAUCCACACUCCAUCUAGUACUGAGAUUGCGUGGUGGAAUGCAGAUCUUCGUGAAAACACUUACCGGAAAGACCAUCACUUUAGAAGUGGAGCCCAGUGACACUAUCGAAAAUGUAAAGGCUAAGAUUCAGGACAAAGAAGGUAUACCACCCGAUCAACAACGUCUGAUCUUCGCGGGUAAACAGCUAGAAGACGGUCGCACACUGUCAGAUUACAACAUCCAAAAAGAGUCGACCCUUCAUCUGGUGCUCAGACUUCGUGGCGGUAUGCAGAUCUUUGUAAAAACACUCACGGGGAAGACCAUCACUCUAGAAGUAGAGCCGAGUGACACUAUAGAAAACGUAAAGGCAAAAAUACAAGACAAAGAAGGCAUUCCUCCAGAUCAACAGAGGCUGAUAUUUGCCGGGAAGCAGCUAGAAGACGGACGCACGUUGUCGGACUACAAUAUCCAGAAAGAGUCCACCCUUCACUUGGUGUUGAGAUUGAGAGGAGGAAUGCAAAUAUUCGUGAAAACAUUGACUGGUAAAACAAUAACACUGGAAGUCGAGCCGAGUGACACGAUCGAGAACGUCAAGGCGAAGAUACAAGACAAGGAAGGUAUUCCUCCAGACCAGCAGAGACUUAUUUUUGCGGGAAAACAGCUAGAAGACGGCCGCACGCUUUCAGAUUACAAUAUUCAAAAAGAAUCCACCUUACACUUGGUUCUGCGUCUCAGAGGUGGAAAUUAAGUGUGUAAAAGUAAAAAAAAAAUUUAUAUGUAUGUAGUGUAAAACAACAAUGUGGUGAACUGUUAAGUCAAAAUUUAAAUAUUCUAUUAAAUUCUAUUGCAAUGAUGUUUCUUCGUUCAGACUUCAGUUUAUGUAAUAACUCGAUGUUUUUUAUUUUUCAAAAUUUGAAAUAAAAUAUAGUGGAAGCACA